UAAUCGAGAAGAAACUGUUAGAAGAUAGGGCCUGUGUUUGCUAUCACUUGUGUCUUGUGGAUAGCCGCGACUGCUUUGAAGCUUAGUUUCUCAAGAAAAUUUAAAAUUGAUGUGGGAAGAUGAAAUGUGGUGUAAGAGGAAUGACUUCGGGGACUUAAUCAUAGACUAAUCCAAAAAAACAUUUUGGUGAAUGAAUGGGUUCUUGUUGUCUCUUGUAAAUGAUCAUCUCUCCUUUCCCUGGUAGGAUUUUUAAACUGAAGAGCAAUUGGAGCUAAUUCACACCAUGGAAAUGGAAACCACCGAACCUGAGCCAGACUGCAUCGUGCAACCUCCUUCUCCUGAUGACUUCUCAUGCCAAAUGAGACUCCCUGAGAAGAUCACUCCCUUAAAGACCUGUUUUAAGAAAAAAGAUCAGAAGAGAUUGGGCACUGGAACCCUGAGGUCUUUGAGGCCCAUAUUGAACACAUUGUUAGAAUCUGGCUCACUUGAUGGGGUUUUUAGGUCUAGAAAUCAGGGUGCAGAUGAUAGUAGCUUACACGAACCUAUUGUGAAAAAGCCCCUGGAAAUCAAUUCGUCAUGUUCUCCGGCAGAAAACAGUAUGUCUGUCCUGCUUCCCGACAAUGCAGACAUUAGGGGCCAAAUUCCAGAAGCCCAUCCUUCCACUGAUACUGCAGAGCAAGUGGUUCCAGUUCAGGAUCACAGCUUUCCACCGGAGGCCAUCAAUGGAACAGUGGCCGAUUCUACCACCGGGCACUUCCAGACUGACCUUUUGCACCCAGUUUCAGGUGAUGUUCCGACUAGUCCUGACUGUAUAGACAAAGCCAUGGAUUACGUCCCAGGGGUUUUCCAAGAUAAUAGUUUUACAAUCCAAUACAUUUUGGAGACCAGUGAUAAAUUGAGUACUGAGCUCUUUCAGAACAAAAGUGAAGAAGCUUCCCUUGACCUCGUGUUUGAACUGGUGAACCAGCUACAGUACCACACUCACCAAGAGAAUGGAGUUGAAAUUUGCAUGAACUUUCUGCAAGGCACUUGUAUUUAUGGCAGAGAUUGUUUGAGGCACCACACUGUCUUGCCGUAUCAUUGGCAGAUCAGGAGAACAGCUUCUCAGAAGUGGCAGAGUAUAUCCAAUGAUUCCCAGGAACAUUUGGAAAGAUUUUACUGUAACCCAGAAAAUGAUAGGAUGAGAAUGAAGUUUGGGGUACAAGAAUUUUGGGGAGACUUGAAUGGAAUGAAUGUAUAUGAUACAACAGAAUUUGACCAACUACGAAGGUUGUCUACACCAUCCUCUAGCAAUGUCAACUCUAUUCACCACACAGUCUGGAAAUUCUUCUGUAGGGAUCACUUUGGAUGGAGAGAAUAUCCUGAGUCUGUUAUUCGACUAAUUGAAGAAGCCAAUUCUCGGGGUCUAAAAGAGGUUCGAUUUAUGAUGUGGAACAACCACUACAUUCUCCACAACUCAUUCUUCAGGAGAGAAGUAAAAAGGAGGCCCCUCUUCCGUUCCUGCUUCAUACUGCUUCCCUAUUUACAGACACUUGGCGGUAUUCCCACACAGGCUCCUCCACCUCUUGAAGCAACUUCCUCCUCACAAAUCAUCUGCCCAGAUGGGGUCACCUCAGCAAACUUUUACCCUGAAACCUGGGUUUAUAUGCAUCCUUCUCAGGACUUCAUCCAAGUGCCUGUUUCUGCAGAGGACAAAAGUUACCGAAUUAUAUAUAAUCUUUUUCAUAAGACUGUGCCUGAGUUCAAAUAUCGAAUUUUGCAAAUACUGCGAGUUCAAAACCAGUUUCUUUGGGAGAAAUAUAAAAGGAAAAAGGAAUAUAUGAACAGGAAAAUGCUUGGCCGUGACAGAAUAAUAAACGAGAGACAUUUAUUUCAUGGAACGUCCCAGGAUGUAGUGGAUGGCAUCUGCAAGCACAACUUUGAUCCUCGAGUCUGUGGGAAGCAUGCCACAAUGUUUGGACAAGGCAGUUACUUUGCCAAAAAGGCAAGCUACUCUCAUAACUUUUCCAAGAAGUCCUCCAAAGGAGUGCACUUCAUGUUUCUGGCCAAAGUGCUGACAGGCAGGUACACCAUGGGAAGCCAUGGUAUGAGAAGACCCCCACCUGUCAACCCUGGCAGCGUCACCAGUGAUCUAUAUGACUCUUGUGUGGAUAAUUUCUUUGAGCCUCAGAUUUUUGUCAUUUUUAAUGAUGACCAGAGUUACCCUUACUUUGUGAUCCAGUAUGAAGAAGUUAGUAGCACUGUUUCAGUCUGAAGGAUCCCUGUACUGUGGAGAAUGAACUCCACUGAAUAUUUGUGGAGGUUGGAUGAGUGAGAAAGAGCUGGGAUCAGCACUGGACAUGAGGAGGGCACUUUUUUUAAGCUCUAGGAAAGUGAAAAAAAAUUUUUUUAAAGAAAAGCCUUUUAAAAUGACCACUCUUUAAUGAUUUACUAAUUGUUGUUAGUGUUCUAGGUGUGGAAAAGACUGCAGAUCCUAUACUCCUUUCAGUCACACUUGUACAUGUAGGCAUCAGUGUUAGUUGCAGCAUUUUAAAAACAAACUCAACAGCCUAACUAAAAGUGGCUUGAGCCUGAUAGGAGCUCGGCCAUCUAAGAAUGAGGGGAGAGCGAGAAUUCUUUCUGUACCCUCUGUACCCUGAGAAAACUGACCUGAGCCAGUGCUGCCAUUUGACUGCCUACAGGAAGCUCCUGUGUUGUGGCAUAGCUAAGACUGUAGCAUUCAGCAGGUGAAAGAAGCUUCUGUGGCAGCAGUAUUGAAAUGUGCCUCCCUCUAGAAAGGGUAGGUGAUCUAGCUGUGCUGCUGAAUUGGCCUGUGAAUUCAGGGUUCUCUUUGAAGGAAGGUUUUUUUUGUUUUAUUUUAUUUUUUUUAAGCAUUUGAAACAUUUUUGUCACCAGCAAAGGUCAUACUAAGUAUAUGAAGUGUCAUGUUAUUAAACUUCAGCUUUAGAGGGCUGUCUCCUUCAUUACCAUCCAUCCCAAUUUGAAAGAGUUGAAUGGCAAAUUUGGGGAAAGCCAGUUCUAAGGAUUAGCAGUUCUAAGUUUCGGGGGCAGAAGACUCACAUAUAACUCACUGAUGUAGCUCAUUACUGAUGUGCUUCACACAGAGCAGACACUGGAUAGCACUGUUGACUUGGAAACACUGUUAAUGGUGGUACCCCUACCCCUCUGUUCGCAUCACCAAUGCAGGUUCCUCCUGCUCACUCUGUCUUACACUACUUAUCAGAAAUGCAGGCCUCAGUCCAGAGAUGGGGAGCUAGGGACACUUUGCUUUUAGGAAUUGUCCUGGAUUUAUGGAAGUAGAAGUUAUGAAAGGAUUGAUCAUUGAAUUCCUUCAGAAACUAAGCUCUUGUAGUAUGUUUGU